AUGGGGGCACUGGCUUUUGAUGGGCAGUUCUUCAAAAAAUAUGAGAAAAACGGAGCUUUUGGUCGUAAUGGGUUUAUAAGGAUCAUAAACAAAGUCUUGAUCCUUCACAAUGGUCCUAUCUCGAAAUUUCUUCUCCAUAUGCCAAAUAUGAAUAUGUUUCUUGAUAGCUUCGAAGAAGUCGAUCAAUGGAUGAUGCUCUUAUCAAGAAACGGAGUCAGGGAACUCAUUCUUACUAUUUCAAAUCGACGUUAUGAACUUCCUUCUUAUGUGUUUUCUUGUCUAGAAUUGACAAAGUUGAAAUUGAAAAACUGUUUCUUUAAGCCUCCACUUAAUUUUGAAGGAUUUCUCAAUCUUGAUCACCUUAUUCUCCGACAUGUGGAUUUUAGGGCUAACUUGUGUGGAACUCAGAUUAAAUUACCACAACUUAAGAAGUUGUCUCUGCAUUCGUGCGCAAACGUUUACAAUUUCAACAUCAAGGCUACAAAUCUAUUCCGUUUGGCUAUCACUGCUUGUCCUGAUGCCAUGUUGGCCACAAUGUUAAGUAACAUGACCAAAAUUAAAUGUUUUCAUGUCGAUGCUCAGUUUCUCAAGAUUUUUACUGCAGAAAAUAUUCCAAACUGGCUUCCGCAUCCGGUUAAUAGCUUUACGGAUGUGUGGUUUGGAAAAUUUCAACUUGGUGACUUGCAUCAACUUCAUGGUGCUCUUUGUUUGCUUCGAAACUCACCAAAUCUAAAUACACUGGGGAUGCACUUUGAGAUGAAGCCUGGAGUUAACGUAGGACCAGCUUCAAGUAUUUUGGAAUCUCCAAACUGCGUAGUCUAUAAAUUGUAUAGGUUGCAAACUGUUGAGAUAACAUGUUUACAUGGAUCAAAACCGGAACUGCUUUUUGUAAAACUUCUUCUUGCUCAUUCCCCUUCUCUCCAUAAGUUUACCAUCACACCAAGUCGAGCUCUUGAUGUUAAAAAAAUACUUGACAUUUCAAAGGAUGUUAUGCGGUUCCCUCGAGCAUCACCAAAAGCUGAAAUGAUCUACUUGAAUCCUUAG